AUGGUAUCACGUGAUAUUCUGUCAUCGACACCUCAGGCCACACACGGGCAAUUCCUGCUAAGCUCGGAAGAAGAACGCCAGCAACCUCACCGUUUCGACGCUCUGCACCUGUCCUCGCAGCCAUCCCUCAGCCUCUUCUCCGCUCCACCGAUGGCUUCUUCCCUCUCUCGCGUCGCCGGCCGCGUGCCGAAGACGCUAGGUCGCCAGCAAUUGCUUCUCAGAGCGUCGACCCCCUUCGCCCGGUCCAUGAGCAGCACCCCCUCACGAAGAGCUGCAGAGCCUGAGCCGUACCAAGCGACCCAAAUCAUUCCGACAGAUCCGUCCUUCGCCCAUCUCGCAAACAAAGGCGCCCCCGAAUACCCCGACAAGGGAUCUGGAUUGGAGUCCAAGACAGAGGUUGGCGGUCGCAAGAUUCGGCACUAUACCGUCAACUUUGGCCCUCAGCAUCCGGCUGCGCACGGAGUGUUGCGAUUGAUUCUGGAACUCAAUGGCGAAGAGAUUGUUCGCGCCGAUCCCCAUGUCGGUCUCUUGCACCGUGGAACUGAGAAAUUGAUCGAGUACAAGACGUAUAUGCAGGCCCUGCCCUACUUUGACCGUCUGGAUUAUGUCUCUAUGAUGACGAACGAGCAAUGUUUCUCCCUGGCUGUGGAGAAGCUCCUCAACGUUGAAAUCCCCGAACGUGCCAAGUGGAUUCGUACCCUGUUUGGCGAAAUCACUCGUGUUCUGAACCACCUGAUGUCUGUUCUCUCCCACGCCAUGGACGUUGGUGCAUUGACGCCUUUCUUGUGGGGUUUCGAAGAGCGAGAGAAGCUUAUGGAAUUCUACGAACGUGUUUCUGGUGCCCGUCUCCACGCCGCUUACGUCCGCCCAGGUGGUGUUUCUCAGGAUAUCCCCAUCGGGUUGCUUGACGAUAUCUACCAAUGGGCCACUCAAUUCGGCGAUCGCAUUGACGAAACCGAAGAACUUCUUACGGAUAACCGUAUCUGGCUGGCUCGAACCAAGGGAGUUGGUGUAGUCACCGCUGCCGAUGCUCUUAACAUGAGCUUUACCGGUGUCAUGCUCCGUGGUUCCGGUGUUCCCUGGGACAUCCGCAAGUCGCAACCCUACGAUGCCUACGACCAAGUCGAAUUCGAUGUUCCCGUCGGCAACAACGGUGACUGCUACGACCGAUACCUCUGCCGUAUGGAAGAGUUCCGCCAAUCCCUCCGGAUUAUCCACCAAUGCCUGAACAAGAUGCCUGCGGGACCCGUCAAGGUUGAAGACUACAAGAUCAGCCCCCCACCCCGUGCUGCCAUGAAGGAGAACAUGGAAGCCCUUAUCCACCACUUCCUCUUGUUCACCAAGGGUUACACCGUUCCUCCGGGCGAGACAUACUCGGCCAUUGAAGCUCCCAAGGGUGAGAUGGGUGUGUAUGUGGUCAGUGAUGGCAGUGAACGCCCGUACCGAUGCAAGAUCCGUGCCCCCGGAUUUGCUCACCUCGGAGGUUUCGACCAGGUCUCCCGUGGACACUUGCUUGCCGAUGCCGUCGCCAUUAUCGGUACCAUGGAUCUUGUGUUUGGCGAAGUCGACCGAUAG